AUGGACAAUCCCAACAUCGGCGAGGUGGGCGUGGAUGACCUGGUGGAGGCGGGUCUGUCCUGGGAAGCCGCUGCCGGUGAAAAGGCGAUGGUCCCAAUCAAAAAGAAACAAACUUGGGACGCCUCAUGGAAUCGCAUGGCAGAAAGCUUUUUGGGGUCAUCAUACAAGGAUCCCAUAACGAGCUUUAGCCUUUUUCAGAAAUUCUCCGUGGAGCAUCCUGAUGUCUACUGGUCGAUAGUUCUUAAUGAACUCUCGCUUUCAUUUCGUCGUCCCCCGAGCUGCAUUCUCGACACCAGCGACAAAUCAAAGCCCCGGGGUACGUGGCUUCCGGGGGCAGUAUUCAACAUAGCUGAAUGCUGUUUAUUGCCCUCACAGCAACAGAGGAGAGGGGAUGACAGCAUAGCCUUAGUAUGGAGAGAUGAAGGCUAUGAUCACAUGAAUGUUAACCGUAUGACACUAAAAGAGCUUCGAGAACAAGUAAUGUUGGUGGCAAAUGCUCUGGACGCGACAUUCUCAAAGGGAGACGCGAUUUGUCGAUCAUGUAAUGACGAUCCAUGCUGUUAUCAUAUAUUUGGCAAUAGUACUCGGAGGAUCUGUUGUUGUAUCAAUAGCUGA